AUGAAGAGGAAGUUGCAGCAGAGACCGCCCUUGAGUGUUGCUCAAGUGAAGUCGCUAGAGCUAUAUGUCAGCAACAUGAUGGGCACUCCACGAGAUGUCUAUGCUGCGGGGUUUUGGUGCUUCAGCUAUUCGUACCUGUUUGCACUCAUUUCUGGACUCAUCGUCUUGGCUUUGCUGGUGCCGAUCUUGCGUCAGUUAGCUCGAUUGAGCUGGAUGCGACGGCAACAAACUGACCGCCAUACUGCCUACCACGAGGCUUUGAAACAACCUUGGGAGAAAAGGGUCAUGGCCCAGAUUUGUGGUGCUUCACAGCCAAGGCUUCCUAUGCCCUGGCUUGCUUUACCAAGUGUGGGUCGUAGAAACAGUUUGAUGGGCGCCACUCCCUUGGAAGAGCCACCGGAGAAGAAAGCCCUGCGAACACCUUUUCAUUACAGACGCUUGUCAACAACUCGACUGGCUCAAACAGAUGACCAGCUCAGAGCGAAAGCCUUGCGACGCUUGAGGGACUUGGUUUUGGUGGCUCCUGAUCAGUCUAGGUUGGGAAGAACUUUGCUGGACGUUUCUGGACAGCUCCCUGGAGAAGAUCGCAUUUCCAGUGUUUUUGCAGAUGCUUUCAGGAGCCGUGCAACAUCACCACUGGCAAAGCGGUCAAUGGACUACUACAAGAUGGCAGUCUGGAUGGACCAACAGCUGGACCUCAGACCAAUUCAGGUGUCUGAGAAUGUGGUCUAUCAGUACCUCUCAUUUUUGAGAGAAUCAGGGUCAGCCCCGACCUUAGCGGAUGCAACGGUGAAAGCAGUAUGGUUCAUGCAUUCAACGGCAGGUUUCCUUGGUUUCCAUGCUGACACGUUUUCAUUAAGAAUUACAGGAGUCUGCAGAGAUAUGUUCAUGCGGAGAAGGAUCUUGAAGCAGGCCCCAGCUUUUCCUGCACGGGUGGUCCGAGCCUUGGAGGAGCAUGCACUUCUGACCAAAAACGCCGUGGAUACCAGAUUUGUCAACUUCAUCCUCUUUUGCACUUUCUCUAGUUGCCGUGUUGGAGAUGCUUCGAAGAUUACAGCGGUGACUUUUUCUCAAUUCCAAGAGGUGUGUCUUGUGGGGGCUGCAACAACGGUAGCCAAGAACACCGCAACCAUGGAACGUAGGAGAAUGUUGUUGCCUUUCAUUGCAGUAGGCCGUUUCCUGGACAGGCGUUUGACGACGGCAGAAGCGAACAUGUGGCUCGAAGAGAUCCUCAUGCGUGUUGGCCUUACGUUGUCAGAAGCUUGCAGGAUUUGCAAGGACAAUGCAGACUUGUUUGAGGGUCCAGAAGAGGUGACAGGGCCGCCUUGCGACUGGGCUGCCUCAGAGUCAGGCGUGUCUGGAGAUGAAAGUUUGCAAGAGGAGUCACAUUUCAUGAGAGUGACUCCCCAAGAAAUGAUUUACUGUCGCAAGCUUUUCUUUGAGGGCAAAACCUAUGCAGUAUCAGAUAUGCAAGCUCGUAUUGACCGCAGUGCUGAUGACAAACCUCGGGUGAUGCCGCUGGCUGAAAGGAUGGCUCGCAUAGAAAGGCAGAAAUCAACGCUGAUUGGAGUUACUUGGACAGCAGAGCUGGAGCCAGCUCAUAAGCUGGUCGACAAGAUCUUGACCAUGAAGGAAGAUGGCACUUUAGUGUUUAUUCCACCUCAGAAGUGCAUCAGCCGCAUCCAGGAGAUCCAACAAGAGAAACACGAGGUUGCCUUAACCUUCGAUGCUGCUGGGAAUGUCAAGAUGGGCAAGCGUGCUGAGGAGUUGAAAUGUGAUACCAAUGGAGACUUGAACCUGAGGAACGCAUGGACACGCCGAAACUUAGCAUUUGACCAGGCUGGUUUGGCUAGUUUUGUUGUACUGGGAAAGUGGGCAACGAAGCUGAUGCUGGCAAAGCUCAAAGAGCCGCCUCCAGGUUACAGAUACAUUUCGACCCAGCAGAUUUGCGAAUGUGACAAAGAGUUUUGGAUGUUGCUUUCCCAGCAGAGUAGAGGAAACUUGCACUCUCUUCAUCCAGAUGUUUAUCCUCUGGACAACUUGAUCGAGCAGUUGACAGUGUCCCCAGAGGUGCUGGGCUUUUUGUCUCCACUUCCAGGCCAAAAACGUGAAGCCAACGAAUCAUCAGCAGCACCGGCUCCUAAAAAGCCAAAGCCGGCAGCAGAGGCGAGUGGAGGCGCCCCAAAGGCGCCGGCAGCACCUUCCGGUAGCAACUGGAGAAAGCUUCCUCAAGGCUGUCAGCGUAAAGGGCAGAAUGGUUGGCGUUGCCUUAAAUAUCAGUGGGGACUUUGCAACAAGCAGAAGGAAAACAAGUGCAAGUUUGGAAUCCAUGAGUGCUUCAAGUGCGGAGCAAAGGAACGUUCCUUAGUAAUAUCCCUGCAUCGACAAGGGGCUCCUGAACUAGCCCCACUGCGAGAUGAACAGCAUUUGCUGGGGAAGCCCAAUUUGAAGCCUCAUGACAAGACUGCGGGGGAAGAGAACGAGGUGGACAACCAAUUCAAUGUGGACAACCAAUUCAAUGAGGAACAGAACGCAGAUGAGAUGAUCAAAGGGGGGGACAGUGGAACAACUGGAGAUGACUGCAGCGAUGAACAGGAGCCUGGCAAGGGCGAGGCACGAAUGCUGAGUUCCGUACCAAGAGGCGAAGGGCUUCCAUUGCUCCCUCAGCCUGCUGGCAACGGAUGGCUUAGAGUUCCCAUGACAGCUUCCAUGGGUGGUCCACUCCGGGAACUCGACAAGGUCAUUGGAUGGAUUCGCGAAUUGCAGUUCGAUCCUGACAGCACGAGAUCAGGUUAUUUCAAUGUACCAAUGGGUGCAGCAGAACCUGAGACCGUAGACGUUGAGGAAGAAAACGAUUCAGCUUCUGACACGGAGGACUCUGCAGAUGAAGAGCCUAGCGAAGAACAGCAACGAGAUCUGGAGCGAGCCACCGAUGAUGUUGUUGGAGAAUGGAGUGAGCACUCAACUGUCGAAGGCUUGCAACUCGAGACUGCUCAUGCAGAACGUGUCGAAGAUGCGCCCGUCAGAAAACUGGCCCAACCUGAGAGAGCGGACCGUUUGGAGGGACAACAGAAACGUUUGAUUGGUCUCAAGAUCACAGGAAAGCUCGACAAGGAAAUGAAACUGGAGGCCGACCUGUCCAAUGACAUGCUCCUCAGGUUGUGCUUGAUGAGGUUGAAACACUGGGUGAGUGUAGCAAAGAGCCUGGAACUGGAGGAAUUGAAUUUGAAGAAAAACAUGGAGCCUGGAGUGAAGGCCAUCUUGAGGCCUGCGAUUUUGGGAAAGGUGAAAUCAAGUGAUGUUGAUGACGACGCGCGGAAGCUCUGGGACAUCACAUGUGAAGAAGCCUCCAAUUUGCAUUGGAUGAGGGGACCUUUGGGCGAAGAUGCUGUAUUUAAGGAACUUGGGCAACAUUGGCUACCAGUACGCAGGACACUUGACCAAAUCGUGUGGGUUGGUGCCGCGAUCGCCAGAGCUUUGAUGCACAAGCGUGAGCCCUGUCGACCAGUCAUUACAGUGUUUCGAAGGUCGCGUCCUGCCUUUCGGGGCCACAGCCUCGGUCGUCCACUUCAACAGGUGCUUGCCACCUCCACCAUGAGCACUAUGACAGCCAUGCUUGACCUCUUGGGUUUCGAAUAUGCCAAACAUAAACUGCAACCAUUUGCACCCAAAGCCAAUGUCUUGGGCGUCACAGUGGAUUUUGAGAAAGUUUGCGAAGACAAGGUGCUGAUUGGUAACAAAGCAGGUAGGAUAGAUGAAGUCAGGUCGUCUGUCACCAAAGCGCUUGAAAGUGGAACCAUGUCGUCAAGAGAGUGUAGCCGACUUUUGGGUAGGCUUCAAUACAUUGACUCCUUUGUGAUGGGUAGAGAUGGAAAGCUAGCAAUGACUGAACUCAGAGGCAACAUUAGGAAUGACUCUAGACUCGUUCACUUGUCCAACGAGGCCAAAGGGUCCCUGCAGCUGAUGAUGAGUAGGAUAGACAGUGGUAGGCCCAGAGAGCUACCCUGCUCACAUGAACACAGGCCGGUUCUAGUUUUCACCGACGGUGCCAGCGAGGGAAACUUGAAUACCAUAGGUGGCCUUUUGUUUGUCGAUGGACAGUUUAGAUACUUCUCCUGCCAUGUGCCUCAAAGCCUCGUGGACACGUGGAUGGCUAACUCUAAACACGUCAUUGCAAUGGUUGAGCUGUAUGCAGUAGUUGUUGCGCGGUUUGUCUGGAGCAAAUUUCUUGGUGGUAGGAAGGCUAUAGCGUUUGUAGACAACGAGUCAGCCAAGGAAGCUCUUGUGAAAGGGUCGUCCUUCAAUGCCCACUUCCGUGCUAAUUAG